AUGGCUUCGAAGGACCGUGACGCGCUGGUUGCCCUGUUUUGUUCGACCGGCGGGGCUGGAUGGACCCGACGAGACAACUGGAACACAGAUGCUGACCGGGCGACAUGGUUUGGAGUCAAAGUGAAUGACCAGGGCCGAGUGGUCGACGUUGACCUGGGUUCCAACAACCUCCAAGGGCCAAUACCCAAGGAGCUGGGCGCUCUAGCCAAGCUGGCGUCCUUGUGUCUUCGCUGCAACAAGCUCACUGGUGGUAUUCCGGAGGACCUGGGAAACCUCACAGCUCUGACGAAGCUGUGGCUAACGAAAACAGCCUGGAAGGACACAUCCCCAAGGAGCUAG